GUUAACCCUAGGGGCUCAGGGCCCCCAGCAGCCUGAUACACGUCCAACCUGGCAGGGCUGCUUUGGUUCCAACCUCCCAGCGCAGGCUGGAGUUGGAGGGGAAGGGGCACACCCCGAGAGGAGCCCCCAGCCGUUUCUGCUGAGGCAGCAGCAGGCUGGAAAGCCCCUUCCCCACAGUCCCCCCACAGCAGGCUGGUCUGCAGCCCCUGGGGUGGGAGCAGCCCUCUGCCCCCAGCACUGACGUUUUGCAAUCUUAGCGGAAACUGGUAACACAUGUUGUUUAUCAGGGCCUUAUGUAAGGAUCCGCCACGUGACCCGUCCUAAGCCAGCCGCUGUCCUGCUGCCCACAUGUGGGGCAGCCAUGUCUGGCCAUGCUCACAGAGCUGCCAGGCCGCCUGCUGAGCCCACUGCCUUGGAGUCAGGGCACUGUGGGCCCGAGCCACCCAGUACAGCUUGCUUCACCCAGCAUGGAGCUGCUCCCUAGAAGUGGCAGCAUCAUGGUGGAAGCAUGGCAUGCCAAUGGGAGCCAUGGGCUCUUCCAGCCCAGCCUGCAGCCACCUGGCAUCACCCCUUGGGACCCUGUGCGCUCCUCAGCAUCUCUGCCAGGCACACGGGGUGCUGCACGCCUCUGUUUCCCAAUGGAAAGAGCUCUCCCCAGCAUCCCGCACCCCAAGGGGCCCAUGGAGUGCACCCACCCCACACCCACACCUGGGCUCAGCCCAGGGCUGGAAGUGGCAUGCAGGAGCCCAGGGUGCUUUCGUGAUGCUCAAUCCUGCCCAGCUCAGCUUUGUUUUGUUUUAAUAAAUCCGCAGCAGCAGGGCCAGCCCAGCCCCCAGCACAUGCUGUGCAGCACAGGCUUGGCUCGCAGCUGGAUGUGGAGAAGGGAAUGUACUCAGGCGGCCAGGCAGGGUGGGCUGCCGAGAGGAAAAAAACAGCUGCUGUGAAAACAUGCUCCUUAUGUAAAGAGCCUUGGAAGGGCUGUGCUGCAGGGAGAGUCACAGGCUGGCAGUGGGCACCUGCCAGAUCCACAGCCCCAGGGCAGCACGACCUGCCUGGUGCUCUGUUCCGUGCAGUCCUGCCCAGCCCCACAGGGCUACCAGUAACAGCAGUGAUCACCCCCAGCCCUCGCCCUGCUGCAGUCCCAAUCCAACAGGGACAACUGCUCCUGGAGAAGGGUGUGGGGUGACACUGGGGGUCUAUCUGACUGCAUGCUGUUGGCCGGGAGCUUUUCAGGGACGGGGGUCAGCACAAGGCAGGGGGUUCCCAUGGGUGUACCCAAAGGUGCCCACAGAUCCCAUGGAUCAGAUCAGGACCUGGCAGGCACUUGUGCUGUGCUUAGGUCCCUCUCUGGGUCUGAACGAUGUUUUUCUGCAAGGCAGGGGCAGGCAGCAAAACUUGACCCCUGGUGUCCCCACGCUCUGCCCAUGGCAGCCCCACUUCCCCCAGUCCCUGUGCUGUGCAGCUCUGUGGCAGGGAUAGCCAGUGAACUGGCUGACAGCUGUGUUUGUGCUGCAGAGCAGUUUGGCACCCCAAGGCAAACAUGUAAUAUCAACAGGAAGGAAAAAUUCACAGGUUCCCAGCCUGCCCUUUGGAUUCAGCUCUUGCCCCUGCUCCCGCUUGCAUAACGGCACGGGGGGAGACAGGGCUGGCCUGCCUGCCUCACCGGCCCCCUGGGGCCGCUGCGCUGCCUGUCCAUAAAUAGGGGCUCAGUGCUGCGUCCAGCACUGCCUGCAGCUCCCGCUCCACUCAGCUCUGCUCUGCUGGGGACAUGCAAGCCACGCUGCUCAGCAUCCUGGGGCUGGCCCUGCUUGGGGCUCUGCACGCGCAGAACAGCGUUCCUGUGCAAGCUGACUUCCAGCAGGACAAGCUCGCGGGGAGAUGGUACAGCAUCGGCCUGGCCUCCAACUCCAACUGGUUCAAAGACAAGAAGCACCUGAUGAAGAUGUGUACCACAGACAUCACUGUCACUGCAGAUGGCAACAUGGAGGUCACCUCCACCUACCCCAAGGGUGAUCAUUGUGAGAAGAGGAACAGCCUCUAUAUCCGGACGGAGCAGCCCGGGCGGUUCAGCUACACCAGCCCACGCUGGGGCAGCAACCAUGACAUCCGUGUGGUGGAGACCAACUAUGACGAGUAUGCCCUGGUGGCCACCCAGAUCUCCAAGAGCACCGGCUCCUCCAACAUGGUGCUGCUCUACAGCCGCACCAAGGAGCUUGCACCCCAGCGCCUGGAGAGGUUCAUGCAGUUCUCCCAGGAGCAGGGCCUGAAGGACGAGGAGAUCCUCAUCCUGCCCCAGACAGACAAGUGCAUGGCAGACGCUGCCUAGGCUGCUGGUGGAUGGAACUUCAAGCGUGCCACGAGCCAACAACCACUCCAUCCUGACCCCAGUGCCAUAAUCUACCUUCACUUCCUGGCUUUGCACCCUGCAUAUCUGUCCCUGUCCUUAUUAAAGCCCAUAUAAACUACUGUU